GGCCAGGACGCACUGGAUACAGCAGAUCUGGGGAGGGAAGUGGAGGAAGGGGGUGGGGGGAACCGACAGAGGUAGAGAGAGAGAGGGAGAGAGGGAAGAGGGAGAGAGAGAAAAAUUAAAAACAGGAGGUUGGAUGGAUGUGAGGGGACAGACAGCAGGACACCGGCUCUAGAAACAUCAAGGGUCCCAUCAAGAGGUCUGGUGUCUGCACCAAAUCAGCCUCAGGGAUGUAGUCGAAGCGGUUCGGAGCUCUGCCCAUCCGAGCUCAUCAUCAUGAAGAAACACUCUGCAAGGGUUGCCCCGCUGUCCGCCUGCAACAGUCCGGUGCUUACCCUCACCAAAGUGGAAGGGGAAGAUCGCUCCAGAGAGAAUGUGGUGGGCACCACAGACGCGCAGUCGGCCGGUGCUGCAGGAGCAGAGUCCGGCUCCAGCAGACGGCGGCUUCACUGCUGCAUCCGAGUGACAGCUGUACAAGUGCGGAAGGCUCUAUGGGGAGUCGCCAUGGUGAUGUGCGUGUGUUCCUCCUGGGCAGGCUCCACCCAGCUGGCCAAGCUGACCUUUAAGCAGUUUGAUGCUCCCUUCACCCUCACCUGGUUCGCCACCACGUGGAACUGCCUCUUCUUCCCCAUUGAGGUUUGUGGGCAUUUAUGCUCAAAGGUUAACAGUCUUCAUUUUGGUCGUGCACACAGGGAGUGCUGCAGGUUUUUCGGUGACGAUGGCCUGACACCGAAGGUGUUUUUCACCAAGGUAGCUCCUUUUGGCCUGCUGUGGAUCCUCACCAACUACCUGUACCUGCAGGCCCUCAGGAAGAUCAACACAACAGAUGUGUCAGCGCUAUUCUGUUGUAACAAGGCCUUCGUCUUCCUGCUGUCAUGGAUCGUGCUCAGAGACCGCUUCAUGGGGGUCAGGAUAGUAGCUGCUAUCUUGGCCAUAGCAGGCAUCGUAAUGAUGACCUAUGCCGAUGGAUUCCACAGCCACUCGGUCAUCGGCAUUGCUUUGGUCGUGGCCUCUGCUUCGAUGUCAGCGCUCUAUAAGGUGCUCUUUAAGAUGGUGCUGGGAAGUGCCAAAUUUGGAGAGGCUGCACUCUUUCUGAGCAUCGUUGGAAGCACCAAUUUUGUUUUCGUCAGCUUUGUGCCAGUCAUGCUGUAUUUUACACACGUGGAGUACAUCGAAUCACUCAGAGACAUCCCAUGGGCCUACCUCUGUGGGGUCGCAGCCCUGCUUUUCGCUUUCAACGUCCUGGUGAACUUUGGCAUCGCGAUAACUUACCCGACAUUAAUUUCCCUUGGCAUUGUCCUAAGUGUUCCUGUAAACGCCAUGGUAGACCACUACACGUGUGAAAUUCACUUUAACUCGGUGCGCCUCAUUGCUGUGUUCAUCAUUUGCUUGGGUUUCCUAAUGCUGCUGUUACCAGAGGACUGGGACCAGUGCAUUAUCCAGCUCAGCCAGAAGCUGCGCAAACGCGACGAGCCAGCAGAGGGCAGCGGAGAGGCCGGAGCUGGCACAGGGCUCAACUGGAGAGGGAGAGCUAGGACCUCCAUGUCAACAUAUGCACUUUGAAUAUAUGAAAUAUCGUCACACAUAUACAUGAGGUGGGAGGGAAAUGAGGGGUGUUAACCCACGUGAUCUGCCUGGUUCCUUGCCUUUUGGACUGCCCUCUGAUCUGCAGCUUUUCAACUGAGGGGGAAGAUGAAGGAGGCUCAGAUUGCGUUUCAUUCAUUUGGCAUCAUUCCUGCUCACAAGUUAACCAAGUCAGUGCAUGGACUUCUAUCAUUUGUAAUCCUUAAAAUGAUCAGGUAUAACUGAUUGAACCAUGCAUUUAUUUUGCUGUACCUCUUAAUCAUUCCUCUGAACCUCGCCUCUGGGAAGACUCGCCAACUUGCCUGAUAUAUUUCAGUGAGGAGGAAUAAAGAGGCAGACAUCUCUUAAGGCAGCCCUAACACCUUGUAGACCAGCUGGCUUUAACAUGUACACAUUUACACACCUCUAAGAUCCAAAGAAGAAUGCCUACAAAGCUGAAUGCCUGAAAACAGAACACGAGGCCCGGUAGCCUUCUGCGGGUGUAAACUUGGUGACAAAUUCCUGCCUUUUGUGCACUUGUACAUAGCUAUAUUUCACACCUUGGAUGUCCCAGAGCUGUGGACCUGUGAAGCUCAUCUGGUGUGAAGGGACCUGUCUGGACGUCUGAGGAUCAGUCUGAGCUGAAGAAGCUUUCACAAUGUGUGUCUCUCUAUUCACUCUUAGAGAAGAGGUCAGUUUCAUUUCAUCCGCACUGAUUGGCUCCCCGUGGUUAUGUGCUUUCCUUGGGCUAGACUCCCACUUCUGUCAACACUCACUCAUUGUUCGGGCCCCACAGUUUAGUCACGCAAUAUCUACAUUCGCUUUCAAUGCAUUAUAUCAUUGAGGUGUUUGUCAAACAGUGGGAUUGCUUUCAAUCCAUCCACAAAGCAGUUGCCUAACAUUUGCUUUAUGUUGCCAGCACACCAGUAGGAAAUAGUGUGAACAUUUUAUUAACCAAGCAAUUUAAAUAAACACAUUCAAAUAUUGUUAAAAGCUUUGAUAUCUCAAAAUAAGACUGACAGGUUAAUGGAACUACCCCUUUAAUUACUUUAAACACAGCUAUCUCUGAGCCUCUCUUUUAACAUUUUAGUAUCAUAUGCACACAGACAAAUGUGCAGCAGUUCAAUUACAUCGUUUCAUUUCGCGUGGGAAUUACAGACUGUGGAAAACUGUCCCACUGUGGCUUGAGGAGAGGAGUGCUGACAUAUGGCUCUUCUAGUGAUCAAAAAAAAGAAGAAGAAAAAAAAUAAACCUUUGUCUGCUUUCGUUUAUCACAUUUCUGAGGCAAGCAUCACAGCCACCGUGGUGUGGUUGACCCCCGAGAGAAACUGAGGUGCACGCCUUGUAAAGCAACGGUGGAAACUCUGCCUUGUUGUGAAUGUACGAACAUCACUCGACCACACGCACGCUCGCAAUGUGCUACCUGUUUUUUUACAGUGCCACCACAGACUGCUGCACAGAGACUGUUUAAUACUAUCCUUCUUAUACUCAUCUGAAUGAUUUUCUUUUUCCUCCUUUCUUUAUUGAGACAAACUUGACACAUUUAUAUUUGUUUGCAUUUGGUUGCUGACUUAACCUUGAGAAGACAGCGAGUGACGUCUUGCAGAACGAGCAUGCACGUACUGUACGAGCAGAUGCAGCCGAAAAAGUCCACUUCACUGCCUUUUCUUUGUUUCGCAAUAGAGUACAUUAGCACUGUUUCCCAUUGUCAUUCUGUAUGACAAUAAAUAAUAAUAAUGUAUUCCUCUGGAAUUAUUGCUAGACAUAAAUGUAAACCUUUGUAAGGAAUGACGAUUUUUACACUGAGAUGCAACAUAUGAUUAUCACAUUUGAGGAGGAGAUGUUCCGAACAUGAAUAAAUGACGGGUUUAUUAGAGCUACUGUUGGGUGUCUUCAAGUGUAAUCACAUGUACUAUAUAAAAAUAUUUCUUUUC